GUGGGGGCUAGGCUAGGCUAGAAAUUUCCACCUGCGGGGGACCAGAUGACCCCGCGCGAUAGAAUAAGUUGGGCAGAAGCUGCGCUUCAAAUUACGUAAAAGUGUCUAAUCCUUUUGUCGUAUUUUCAAUUCCCUCGGAGACUCGGCAAGACAUGGGGUGAAAAAGACUUAAUGGACAGGAGGAUGAGGAGUCUCGUUUGUGUCUUGAUAGUUGCACCAGUCACUGUCACAGGAAAGAUGGCAGAGUUAGGUCUGCUGCUACCUGGGGUACGAGGCAACGCUAGUCCCAAACCAUAUAUACUCAACGAUCUGGUGAUAGUCACUACCGCAGUGAUGAGAUCAUCAGCCCAUAUAGGGCUAGAUACUAUCCAAGCGACUACAUUCACGAUAAGGCUCAUCAACGGGGAGGCAAGAUCUCGAGAGCAAAGGUAUAACAGAAUAAAUAGUCAACUCUGUCCCCUCGAAGGGGGCCUCCGGUGUGCGGGCCUCCGAUUAUUCCUCCGCGCGACCAGCCCUUCCCAGUUGUAUCACGUUUACUCCCUCCACCAUGUUUUGCCAUCUUGCCGACGAAAUCCGACUUAAAUCGGUCAAAGAAAUCCCUGUCCUGUAAUGAAGCGGACCCCACACUCGGG